CAAUUAAUGGAGUUUUGAUUCUCUCUCCCUCUCUCUCUCUUGUUUGAACCGAAGCUAAAAGAGAGAGGGGAAGAUUGAAGGAGAACGAAUUUCUGUCUAUUUUUUUCUCAGAAUCUUCUGAUGAACGGAGAGAUUAUAUCACCCGGAUUUGCCUUUUCGGAUUUUUGCAUGCUGCAUUGAUGGUUGAAUAUUUUCUUCUUCAGCUGCUUUGAUGAGGCCUGGGAGAAUAUUGACAUGGGAAACUACAUAUCAUAUCUGUGUUCUGGAGGGGAUUGCUAAGUGCAUACCUCAAGCCGAGCAGGAGAAGAACUUAUUUCGCAGCAGUUAUAAGGUGAUUUAGUUUGGUAGGGAGAUGGAUGAAGAGGCUAACUCUUGGAUAAGGAGAACAAAGUAUUCUCACACUGUUUGCCAUAGGGUAAAUUCAGCCAGAAUGGCCUCUCUUCCCGUUACCAUUCAGCCAGGGCGAAAUCCAAGUCUUAAAUCAAGGCCUCCUGUUGCAGAAAACCUACGUGAUCCUACCACUAGCAAGCAGAGGGCAUCAUCUCCUCUUCCUGAGAAGAAACUUUCUGAGGCCUUUAAGGAAGCUCAUUCUAGUCAGAAGAGAUUCUCAACCCCUCAUCCAAGGUGGAAGGAACAAAAAGUAUGUUCUAAUUCCCCAUUAAUUACUGGUCACCUUCACCAUCCGCCAUCAAGUAGGUUCCCUGAUAAAACAAAAGGCAGAAAGGAAUCCGGUUGGACUAGGUACUUUGAUCACGGCGGUGGAAAAGUUACCUCAGUAGGUUCAGCAGAGGAUUUCAUGAUUGAUCUUUCUAAGCUUUUCAUUGGGCAUAAAUUUGCUCAUGGAGCACAUAGUCAGCUUUACCAUGGGAUAUACCAUGGCAAACCUGUUGCAGUGAAAAUCAUUCGAGUGCCUGAUGAUGAGGAUAACUGUGAUUUAGCAUAUCGGUUGGAAAAUCAGUUUAACCGGGAAGUUACUUUACUGUCCCGUCUCCACCAUGAUAAUGUUAUAAAGUUCAUAGGUGCAUGCAAAAAACCAUUGGUGUUCUGCAUUGUCACAGAAUAUCUACCAGAAGGCUCUUUGAGAGGAUUCCUACACAAGCUUGAGCACAAAGCUCCACCCUUACAAAAACUGGUUUUGAUGGCAUUGGAUAUUGCAAGAGGGAUGGAAUUUGUUCAUUCUCAAGGUAUCAUUCAUAGGGAUCUCAAACCAGAGAAUAUACUUAUUGAUGAGGAGUUUCAUUUGAAAGUAGCUGAUUUUGGAAUAGCCUGUGAAGAGGCAUAUUGUGAUCUCCUUGUUGAUGAUCCGGGCACUUACCGUUGGAUGGCUCCUGAGAUGAUAAAACGCGAGUCAUAUGAUCGGAAGGUUGAUGUGUAUGGUUUCGGACUCAUUAUGUGGGAAAUGGUGACCGGGUACAUCCCUUACGAAGACAUGAUUCCAGUUCAAGCUGCUUUCGCUGUAAUCAACAAGAAUAUGAGACCAACUAUUCCGGUGGACUGCCCCUCUGCCAUGAAAGCUUUGAUUGAACACUGUUGGUCUUCACAACCAGAGAAUAGGCCUGAGUUUUGGCAGAUUGUUAAGAUUUUAGAGCAGUUUGAAUCUUCGCUUGCUAAUGAUGGGACCUUGAGCCUAGUGCAUGGCUUAACAUUUCAAGAUCAUAAAAAAGGGCUUCUUCAUUGGAUACAGAAGCUUGGUCCUGUGCAUUCAGAUUCUUUUUACAUUCCAAAGCCUAAAUUUGCUUGAUCUUUUUUGGAUGACCUGGGAUAUUAUUAGUUUCUCCAGGCAUCAUUGUAAUAAAAAAUAGUUCUCAUGUGUCAAGCUGUUUUUCUUUUUUUGAUUCUUGUAUAUCCCUUAUUUGCUCUAUGUAAUGUGAAUUGUUAAUAGUCCCACAUUCAAGUUUAUAUCGUGUCAUGGGUUAAACUAGCUCAUAAGUUGAGUUUGACUUUAACAUAGAAGUGUGAGGUCAACAUUAGAUCUUGGAGAUAAAGAGCAACUAUCUUCAGAUCUUCCCCACAUUUUGGGAAUCUCCACUUUUAUCUUGAGAUGCAUUCCUGGGUAGCAAGCAAUCACACGAGCUACCCAGCAUUCAAUGGGCUGCCAGAUAAAUGCAUGAAUGAUGUUCAUAUAUGUUUUCUUGUUGCUGCCUGCCAUCAAACAUCAGGAAAAUGUCUCAUCUGUCACAUGUAAAAAAUGGGAGCGGUGAUGAUUGUGAGAGUUUAUUUGUGUGGUAUGGUGCCCGUGAUCCCCACCUUGGAGGUUUGGUGGUCCAAAUCAGCUUGAAAGAUGCAGAAUUUUUCAGUUUCACAAUAUAAAAGAGCUAAACUUGAACAUAAGAGGCUAAAGAAACCGGAAAUUGACCAAAUAGCAACCAUUGGGCACUUGGAGAAGCUGAUUUAGAUCAAAAUUUUGCACAUUUUGCGCAGAUAUUUUACUCCAAGCAGAAAACUUGUGGAAUUGGAGCUUAAAGGACUUGGAGAGCUGCUGCUGACCUCUGAACGGAUCUUCUGCCGCCAUUCUGCUGUCGCCGCGCCCACCAUCUCCGGCGACCACCAUUGCAGCGGCCUGAGUUGCUGCUUGGCUCCCGUCGUCGUUCCCCCAUGUGUUUCCCCCUUUUUGAAGCUUUGAUCCAUCAUCAAUUUAUAGCAAGAUGGAGCUUUUACCGUUGAAUUUUUGCCAGUUGGAUGAUUAUUGAUCGCGAACGUUGGAGCGUUGCAUUGAUUAGGUCUUCCGCCCGUUGCGCGAAGAAGAAGAAGCCGCUGAGGAUCGAAUUUUUUUUCUUUUCUUGAGUGAAGCUAAAGAGGGAGGAGACUUGGGCUGAUCUUAUUUU